UAGCGUUGUGUGGCUCUUCUUUACCUUCAUGAAAAAACCCAUUCAAUCACCUUUAACCAUCCCUAUGAUUAUAAGUAAAACAAAAGUAUAGCCAAACACUGCAGAAAAAAAGAAAAAAAGAAGAAAAAAAAAGAAAAAAAAGAGAGCUUUCUUCCGGCGUUCAUGUGCACUGGUGUUUUUACCUGAGACAGCAAUUUUUCCUUGGCUAAGGCGAUGACUGUUUCAUUCUAUAGCACCUGAUAGGCUUGUGGGAGAUCAACCAGAGUAGUUCCAGCAUUAGAAAAUUUGGAAAGUCAUCAAAGAAAUCAAGGACCUUGGCCUUAUUGCUCACAAGUUAACUGUGGCCAGUGAUCUAAGAAAGGAGGAUAAAUGGCAGAAAGCGCAGUCAGCUUAGUAAUAGAGAAUUUGGUCCCAUUGUUAGUACAAGAAGCAAGAUUGCUAGAGGGAAUCCAUGAUAAAGUCGAGAGCAUCAAAGGUGAAUUGGAGUUCAUUCAAUCUUUCCUUAGGGAUGCUGAUGCAAGGGCCGAGAAGGUAGACAUGAGCAAUGUUGAGAAAACAUGGGUGAAACAGAUAAGGGAAGAAGCUUAUCACAUAGAAGAUGUCAUUGAUGAAUACAUACUUCAUUGUACAAAAGGUCCUUAUGGGCAAAGACAACGGUUCCAUUUCCUCCUGAAAAUUUUUCAAUUUACCAUAAAGCUGAAAGCAGGAUAUGUGAUAGCCUCUAGGAUUCAAGAUAUCAAUAGAAAUCUCCAGGAAAAGAGAGAGAUUGCUAUAAGAUAUCACUUCAACACUAUAGAGCAAGGAGGACCAAGUAGUGAUGCUAGAAGUGUUGCAUGGCCAGACCCUCGAGUGGCAUCUCUUUUCAUUGAGGAAGCUGAGGUUGUGGGUAUUGAAUCUCAUAGAGACAAAUUGAUAAAUUGGCUGGUAAAAGGACCAUCUAAUCGCACAGUGAUUUUAGUGAUCGGCACUGGUGGUGUUGGCAAGACUACUCUUGUCAAGAAAGUGUAUGACAAUGAGAAGGUGGUAGCACAAUUUGAUUGUUGUGCUUGGAUCACUGUGUCAAAAUCUUAUAAGAUGGAAGAGCUAUUCAGAGAUAUGAUAAAGCAGUUCUAUGAGGCAAGGAAUGAGUUUGCACCUAAAGAAAUUGACACAAUGGAAGAGAUAAAGCUUAUUAAAGAAUUGAGGCAUUAUUUAGAUGAACAAAGGUAUGUAGUUGUUUUUGAUGAUGUAUGGGAUACAGAUGUUUUGGAGCGUAUAAAACUUGCUUUACCUAAUAACAAGAAAGGUAGUGGAAUUGUAAUCACAACUCAAAAUGAGAAUGUUGCUUUCCCUCACAUUGAAUCUUCAUCUUAUUAUGUGCACAAGCAAGAACCUCUGCCUUCGGAAAAAGCUUGGGAACUCUUCUGCAAGAAGGUGUUCCAACUUGAAGGGGGCAAUUGUCCCCUUGAACUGGUUGAGCCGUCACGUAACAUAGUUGAGAGAUGUGAAGGAUUGCCACUAGCAAUUGUGGCUAUAGGUGGUCUUUUGUCAACCAAAGACAAGGUUGUGUCUGAGUGGAACAAAUGGCCUUGUAGUCUUAGUUUUGAGUUAGAAACUAAUUCAUGUCUAAUAAGUAUCUCCAAAAUUCUCUCUCUCAGUUAUCAUGAUCUACCUUACAAUCUUAAAGCUUGUUUUUUAUAUUUUGGCAUGUUUCCAGAGGCUUACUCCAUUAAUUGUGCAAGACUAAUUCGACUAUGGAUAGCCGAAGGUUUUGUAAAAGAAAAGCAAGGAAAAAUAUUGGAAGACGUUGCACAAGACUACCUAAAACAACUCAUUCAUAGAAGCUUGGUUCAAGUGGAAUGGGUUGAUUUUGAUGGCAGCAUUAGAACUUGUCGAGUUCAUGAUAUGAUCCGUGAAGUCAUUGUUUCUAGAUCAGAGGAAUUAAGUUGUUGUCAUGUUUCAAUAAGGGAUUGCUCAAGUUCUGAUGGAAUUGGUCGGCGCCUCUCUAUUCAUAACAGUUUGGAUACUCCAUUGAAGAUAACUACUAGUUCCAAAACUCGUUCUAUUAUUGUUUCUCGAGCAGAUGAAGUGCCCAAUUCUUUUCUUACUACUUGUUUUGAAACUUUCAAGCUCAUGAAAGUAAUGGAUUUUGAAUGUGCUCCUAUUACUUACAUUCCUAAAGAAGUGGGAAACCUAUUCCAUCUAAGGUAUUUAAGCCUUAGAGAUACAAAAGUACAGAUGCUUCCUAAGUCCAUAAAUAAACUACACAACCUAGAAACUUUGGAUUUGAAACGUUCCCUUGUGUCCAAGCUACCAACGGAGAUCAGUGGGCUUUGUAAGUUAAGAUAUCUUGCUGCCUACGUCGAAAAUGAUGAUAUGGAAUACCAUAUAAACUUUCGAAAAGCAAUAAAGGUACCAAGUGGCAUUGGGCAUUUAGAGUCCUUACAGAAGCUUUAUAAUGUUGAAGCUUGUAGCAAUGCCUUUAUUGCAGAAUUGGGAAAGUUGAGGUUGUUGAGGAAGCUGGAAAUCACUAAAUUGAAGAGAGAAAAUGGUAAGACUUUAUGCAUUGCACUAAAGAAAAUGAGCGACCUACGAUCGUUGAGAAUUGGUGCAACGAGUGAAGAGGAAAUUCUUGAAUUACAAUCGAUGUCUUCUCCUCCGCCCUUCUUACAAUGUCUCAUCCUAGUUGGGCGACUGGAAAAGUUGCCAGAAUGGAUUUCCAAUCUCAAGAAUAUAGUUACCAUUGCCUUAUACUGGUCAAGAUUAACAAAUGAUCCAUUAAAGUUCCUUCAAGUUUUGCCUAAUUUGAUGAAUCUUCGGUUUCUUGAUGGAUAUGAAGGUGAGCAGUUGCAUUUUGAGGGAGGAGGCUUCCAGAAACUCAAGUAUCUAAUGCUUGAAAAGUUGGGAGGAUUAAAUAGAUUGAAAAUAGAUGAUGGUGGCCUGCCUCUUCUUGAAAAGCUUCGAAUUGGACACUCCCCACAUUUAAAGGAGGUGCCCUCCGGAGUUCAUCAUCUGAAAGGCCUAAAAAAUAUAGAAUAUUAUGAUAUGCCGAGGGAAUUCGUGCUUAGCAUGCAACCAGAUGAAGGCCCUAAUUUUUGGAAAGUCAAGCAUGUUCACUCUAUUAGUUUCUGGUAUAGGAUUCAAGGGGAAAAGUAUAAAACUUACAAGCUCGGUGAUCCAGAGUUGUUGGAUUUUUUACGAAGCUAAUUCAAGAGGUGAGAACCAAAGUGCCUUACCACUUUCUAGAAUUUACAGGGGAAAUUUGGUUGGAUUUGUCCCCAUCAAAGCUGUUGGAUUGGACUCAACACAAGGACACCAGGUCUUCUUCAACUGGG